UCAGGACGUUAAACCUUCAGGAACCAUGCUUCUCCUGAGCGUGAUGUUUGUGCUGCUCGCCGCGGCUGUGAUGAAUCCAGCUCAGGGUCAAGCCAUAAGAGAGAUCAAAGAAGACCGUGUCAUUUUGGACUGCGAGGGAGGUGAAGAUGGUCAAGUAAAGUGGUGGAAGGACAACAACGAAGAUAAAACCCAAAAGAAUUCGACCUUUGAAGCUAAAGCUGAACAGGGAACAGUUGGAGGAUUCUUCACCUGUGAAUAUUCAAAGAUAAAUACAGAUACAGGUACAAACGAAGUCAUAAAGCACAAGUUCUACCUCAAAAUAAAAGUGUGUGAGAACUGCUAUGAGUUGAGCGGUUUGGCUGCGUGGGGCAUCAUGCUCGGAGAUGUACUGAUCACAGGAGGACUUAUGCUUAUCAUCUACAUCUGUGCUGCCAGAAAGAGCAACGGCACACAGAAGAAAGCAUCAAAUCCCCGACCAAUAAACCCUCCUCGACCUCCAAACCCUGACUACGCGGCUCUGGAUCCAAAGAUGCGCAGCAGCAAUGCUUUGUACGCAGGCCUCAAUAAAUAGAUGCUGUUCAGACGUCCGGAUUACUGUAAAUCAGACUCUGGUGAUUCAUAGUGUAUCUUAAACGUUUGUUCCACUGUACAGGUUCAUAUAUUAGUGAUGCUGAUGUGAGUUUUGUGAGACUGACUCACGGAUCAGUGUUUUGUUUUAUACGGUAACUCUGUCUGUGUGUGUGUGCGCGCGCGUGUGUGUGUGUGUGUGUGUGUGUGUGUGUGUGUGGAAAGUUCAGCUCACGAAACAUCGGAAACUCAUGAUGGAAACAGCAUCUGUGCUUUCUGCUGAGAAGAUUGUGCCAUUUCACUCUUUUGUGUUCAGAAUCGUGUUUUUAACACAGUUCAAGAGAAAUUUUCAUGUUCUGAUGUACAAGUGUCUCAUUUGACAAGAAUGAUUCAUUUUAGACUUAGAAAAUUAUUGGUAGCACGUUACAAUACAGGUGCACAAAUAUGCAUUCAUUCAUGCUUAACUAAUGCACAGAUAAUCACGUGUUAAUGUAUAAC